CAAAAGGGAGCAUUGGAGAAACAGUGGAGGCGGGGGUGCUGGUAGCCUGAGGCUCCAGAGAAAAGAGAAGGACAUGGGGGGUGACGCAGAGCACAGGGAGACGGGAAGGGAAUCGCAGAAUGUUCUCAGGAAGAGAAGUGGAGGGCCUUCCCAGGGGACGACCAACAGGAAGGGGUGGAGAGGAGGACGGAAGGGUGUACUUAAGGAUUGACUGUGAGAUGGUGGAGUCAAGGAGCUGGCCCAGUCCUUCAGUCUGUGCGGGGCCUUAAACGCCCCAAUCACAAGUGUGUGUCCAGUCCCCGAGGCAGUGGGGACCCCACCCUUGGUGUUUCCCAUCUUAAAGACCAUCGCCUUGGCCAGCAUUCCCCACACUGGGAUCAGCAACAGUGUCCCAGGACUUGAGCAUUUCCAUGACUCCCAGGCCUCGGGGAGAUGUGCGCACAGGGCUUGGUUUGACUCCCCGCAUGGCCACUUCCUGCUUAUGAUAAGUGAUGGCUCCCCUCCUUCUCCCAGAGCCCAGAUGCCUGUCCAGCCUCCGAGCAAAGACACAGAAGAGAUGGAAGCAGAGGGUGAUUCGGCUGCUGAGAUGAACGGGGAGGAGGAAGAGAGCGAGGAGGAGCGGAGCGGCAGCCAGACAGAGUCGGAGGAGGAGAGCUCAGAGAUGGACGAUGAGGACUACGAGCGGCGUCGCAGCGAGUGCGUCAACGAGAUGCUGGACCUGGAGAAGCAGUUCUCGGAGCUAAAGGAGAAGUUGUUCAGGGAACGGCUGAGUCAGCUGAGGGUGCGGCUGGAGGAAGUGGGGGCUGAGCGGGCACCUGAGUACACAGAGCCUCUGGGGGGCCUGCAGCGGAGCCUCAAGAUCCGCAUUCAGGUGGCAGGGAUCUACAAGGGCUUCUGUCUGGACGUGAUCCGGAACAAGUACGAGUGUGAGCUGCAGGGUGCCAGACAGCACCUGGAGAGUGAGAAGCUGCUGCUGUACGACACCCUGCAGGGGGAGCUGCGGGAGCGGAUCCAGAGACUGGAAGAGGACCGCCAGAGCCUGGACAUCAGCUCUGAGUGGUGGGAUGACAGACUGCACGCCCGAAGCAGCACAAAGACCUGGGACUCCCUGCCGGCCAGCAAGAGGAAGAAGGCUCCUCUCGUCUCUGGUCCUUACAUUGUGUACAUGCUGCAGGAGAUCGACAUCCUGGAGGACUGGACGGCUAUCAAAAAGGCUAGAGCAGCUGUGUCCCCUCAGAAGAGAAAAGCAGAUGGACCAUGACCCUGCCGUUCAGAGCCAGGGGGCCCCUCGGAGCAGCUGGCCGCAAAGCCAGGAUCCACAUUUUCCUGCUGUGAGAAGGCAGGCUGACAGGGUCUGUCCAGCCAGCUCCCCGGUACUGCUAGUGGAUCUUCCCCUCCAGCCAUCACUGGUCCGGACUCCUCUGCCCUCCUCGGGGGUCCUGCACAGCUGUGGCCCAGAGCUGCCCUAGCCAGGCAAGACUGUCUCCUCCGUCCCCAGCGAGUGCACCGGCGCCGCCUCCCAGAGGGCAGCCUCCUCAGUGCUGUCCCAGACAGAGAAGGUGGGACUCCUCUUACACCAAAGCAGCAUCCUUCCUGCUGACCUUGGACCAGUCACUGAGCCAGUGAGCUGGGCCCCAUUUCAUGGGAACUCUGAGCCAGACAUCAUAUUUUGGGGGGCCUGUCUUUUCUGGCUGCUGUUGGAGGUGAGAAGGCAGGUUCCCCAGGUCUUCUCCAGGAGGUUCUUGGUGUCUCCCAGAUUUCAGGGACUGGAAUUAAAACCUUUCCCGGGACC